AAUUUUUAUUUUUUUAAGAGGUAGAUCAACGCAACCGAACACGGCCAAGUAACGCUCGACAAACCAAACGCAACCUUAAAACCACACAAACGGUCCAUUUGCAGACAAAGUAUCAAAAAUACAGCGUGAGGACGAUGGGCGACUGUAUGAGAAGCUUAACUCCUCUCAAAACCCCAUUUCACAUCAACAAAAUCCCAACAAGCAAACUCCUUUUUCCUUCUUCUCUCUCCUCUUUUCAGACAAAACUCUGUUUUGAACCAAACAAUUACCCAAAGAUCUCUUUAUCUGUACUGCCCAGCCAGAACCAAAACCAACAAAAGUUGUCUCUUGACGCUUUGGUUAGCAGCAAUCGCAAAGAACAACUCCUUGGUGACAUUCAGGCCUCGCUUUCUAACUGUUUGUCGGAGACAAAUCUUCACUUAAGUGUACCUGGUCUCAGAUCAAAAACCAGGGGCAAGGUGAGGGACAUUUAUGAUGGUGGGGAUUAUCUUGUUCUUGUCACAACUGACAGACAAAGCGCUUUUGAUAGAAUCCUUGCCUCUAUUCCUUUUAAAGGCCAGGUUCUUAAUGAGACAAGUUUGUGGUGGUUUGAUCAAACAAGACACAUAACUCCAAAUGCAGUUGUUUCAUCCCCUGAUAAAAACGUCACAAUUGCAAAGAAGUGUUCGGUUUUCCCUGUCGAAUUUGUUGUUAGAGGUUUUGUGACCGGAAGCACUGAUACAUCACUAUGGACUGUCUACAACAAUGGUGUCCGGAAUUAUUGUGGCAAUGCUCUCCCAGAUGGCUUGGUAAAAAACCAAAAGCUUCCUGCAAAUAUACUCACACCAACAACUAAGGCUGAAGAUCAUGAUGUUCCUGUAACUCCAGACGAGAUAAUUAAACUUGGACUGAUGACUGAAGCUGAGUUUGAUGAAGCAAGUAGGAAAGCAUUAAGCUUAUUUGAGUAUGGACAGCGUGUCGCCUUAGAGCAUGGCCUGAUAUUAGUAGACACAAAAUAUGAAUUUGGAAAGGACUCUGAUGGUUCAAUUCUUUUGAUCGAUGAGGUUCAUACACCUGACUCAAGCAGGUACUGGAUUGCUCAUUCUUAUGAGGAGCGCUUUCAGAAUGGUCUUGAACCUGAAAACAUAGAUAAGGAGUUUCUGAGAUUGUGGUUCAGAGAUCACUGCAAUCCAUAUGAAGAUGAGGUCCUCCCUGCUGCUCCUGAAGAACUUAUUUCCGAAUUAGCUUGGCGAUACAUAUUUUUGUACGAAGCAAUAACAAAGUCAAGAUUUGAGUUGCCAUUGACUGAGGAGCCUAUACAUGAUCGUAUCUCGAGGAAUGUUUCAUCGGCGUUAUCAGCGCUACUGUAACUCGAAGCCUGUCUCUUCUGAGAUGAAAAUUAUAGUGAGGAUAUAAUAUAAUAAGGCCUAGCUCGAGGAAUACUGUAACUUGAAACUGGUCUCUUCUAAGAUGAAAAUUAUAGUGAGGAUAAUAAGGCAUUGGGUUUCUUAAAGCACUCUGGUUUUUGAUUGUGGGAUUUUGUAUUCAAGGCAAGGUUUUAGAUGCAGGGGUUCUGAUUGAUAUAGAUGAGGUGGGGAGGACAGGCCAAAUUAUAAAUGUUUGUUGUGCUGCACACACAAGUAUGAUUUGGUCUGCACGUUUAUUUUGUGGAGUUGUUCUGGUGACUCCUUUUUGUAGGGUGGAAACAAAAGUUAUCAAGAUAAGAGUAAAUCACCUUUCCCACCCAA